AAACAAACUAAAUAGGGAAAUUUCAAUGUCAUUUCUUAUCUCCAUCUGUUAUUAUACAUGCUUUUUUAAUCAAAUGAAAUAUAUAUAAUGACAAGGCUUGAUUAAAAGUUGUCAUAUGAUAGGUAGCAAAGAUACAUCGAACAACGAAACUUAACUUAUAUUGAAGAAACGACAACAUGGCGAAAAGUUUAAUAUAUUGCAUCUUUUACAUUGUCCUUUUAACGGGGACAACUCCAGCAUUAUGUUUGAACAAGCUGGAGCAAGAAAAAGAAACCAACAAUCAGAAACGAUUUGCUGUCGCUGCUAUUCCAGUGUACGCCGGUGCAGCCGUUUCACCGUGGGUAUGGGCAGCGCUUAUUGUAGCUUACGGUGCAGCAGAACUCUACAAAUAUUCCGUUACUAGGACAUCAAGCGACAGUCACAGUUGUGAUGGCAAUAAUGGAUGGUGUAGAGAUACUUGUGAAAAUCAUGAGUACAUCGACGACCGCCAUACACCCGUCUGUGGUAAUUACUAUUGCUGCAAAUCUAGGAUCUAAUUUAAUUUAGUUGCUGUUGUAUUUUUUUAAGUCGAGUGUUUUGGAAUUUCAGAGAAUAAAAGAUGUAGAGAUA